UGCAACGCUUUGAUUACGUUGUUGUUGCCUCUUUCGCGUGCGUGCAUACGUUUCUGUGAUUGUGUGCGGCAUUUGUUAGCUUUUUAUUUGUUUAAAACAUCUGUUUUGUUCUGGCGCGUAAUUGUGCGAAACUAAAACGAACAGGUAGUGCGAAAAGUGUUUGAGAAUGUUUAACUGUGUUGUGUAAAAACGGGUAACAAAUCAACACACAUUUACAAAAAUAUAUUGCGUUCAAGAGAUCAAGAAGCGACAAGCGAGCUGCAGCAGCAACAACAACAACCAUAAUUGCAAAAACAAUAACAGAGCAACAGAGCAACAGUAAAAAUGGUCGAAGAUAAUGAGGACUUGAGCUUUAUACCCGAUCUGCCGACGGGCGGACCUCUGGCUGUGUAUCGCAAACGCGCAAAUUUUGACUGGAAGCGUCUGCGUCUGAUAUUCGAAAAGAAGCAGGGACUGCGCAUUAAGUAUAAAGUCUGGCAUCGUUUGGAGAGCGAUCCCCUCUUCGCACACCCGGCGACUACGCUGCCUAUGGACGAGCAGAAACGUUUGUGUGCCAUGCAGGUGAAUCGGAUGAAGCAACUGGAUCUGGUGCCCAAGGAGAUCGAGAACCUGUCGUUCUCGGCCAAGACCAAAUAUCUGAUGUACAUCAACGAGGCACUGGCCAGCUACUCGCCCAGUUUGUCGGUGAAAAUAGCUCUGGGCGUGGGGCUAUUCAACAACGCCAUUCGAGCCAUGGGCACGGAGAAACACACCAAGUAUAUUGAGGCUGCCUGGAACCGUGAGGUCAUCACUUGUCUGGCCAUUACGGAGCUCUCGCAUGGCAGCAAUACGAAGAGCAUUCGAACCACGGCCACCUAUGAUCCGGCAACGCAGGAGUUUGUCAUCAAUACGCCAGAUUUCGAGGCGGCCAAGUGCUGGGUGGGAAAUCUGGGCAAAACGGCAACGGUAGCCAUGACCUUUGCCAACUUGUAUACGGCCGAUGGCCAGAAUCAUGGACUGCAUGGCUUCCUCAUACCCAUACGAGAUCCCAAGACUCUGCAAUCCUAUCCGGGCGUCUUGGUGGGCGACAUUGGUGAGAAGUGCGGCCUUAAUGGCAUCGACAAUGGCUUUGUCGUCUUCAGCAAUUAUCGCAUUCCGCGUGACAAUCUCCUCAACCGCACCAGCGAUGUUACGCCCGAGGGCGUCUACGAGAGCAUGUUCACAGAACCGGCAAAGGUGCUCGGCGCAGCCUUGGAGAGCUUCUCAGCCGGUCGCAUCGGCAUUAUGCAGGAAUCGGCGAACACCCUUUGUAGUGCUGCUGUCAUCGCAGUUCGCUAUGCGGCGGUCCGGAAGCAGUUCGGUCCCGAGCGCCAGGGCGAUGAAAUGGCCAUCAUUGAAUACCAGUUGCAUCAAUAUCGCAUCUUUCCAUACUUGGCUGCGGCUUGCGUCCACAAGAUUGCCGUGGAGGAGCUGACCAACACAUAUCUGGAGAUAAUAGCGCGUUCGCAGGCAGAUUCAAAUGGGUUCGAUGUACUGACCCAAAAUGUAUCGGAAAUUCACGCAUUAGUCUCUGCAUCCAAGCCGCGCAUCACUUGGGCCGCUCGCGAUGCUAUACAGGAGGCGCGCGAGGCUUGUGGCGGCCAUGGAUAUCUGCAGGCUGCCAAGCUGGGACAAAUGCGCAGCGAUCACGACCCACUGUGCACCUACGAGGGCGAUAAUAAUGUGUUGGGCCAGCAGGCCUCCAAUUGGCUGCUGCGUCAAUGGCGCGCCAAAGAAUUGGAGUCGCCUAUAGGCACAGUCAAGUUUCUGGAGAAUCGCGAAGAACUAUUGCAACUUAAUUAUGCACAGGCGCUGCAGAGAUACGGACUGGCCAGUUGGGAGUUUGCCCUGCACUGCUACGAGUGGCUGCUCUGCCAUCUUAUGUCGCGCACGUCGGCACAUAUCGAACGGGAUCUGGCGAGCGGCAUGCAUCGUUUCGAGGCCCGCAACAAUUCUCAGGUGGCGGGCGCCCGUGAACUCUCCCUGGCCUAUGCUGAGUACUUCGCCCUGAGUCGCUAUGCGGCGCAUGUGCGCCACCUGCAGGUGGAGGAGUCCUAUGGGCAGGUGCUGCGUCUGCUGUACGACGUCUAUGCGAUGCGGCUGUUGGAGCAGCACAUGACGACCUUCUAUGUGGGUGGCUUCGGGGUGGGCGAUGCAUUUGCGAAUGCCUUGCAGCAGCGUUUGCUGCAGAGCUGUGCCCAGCUGAAGGAUGUGGCCGUGAGUGUGGCGGAUGCGAUUGCGCCGCCCGACUUUGCACUGAACUCGGUUAUAGCACGCGCCGAUGGAUUGCUGUACGAGAAUCUGCAAAAGGAAUUUAUGACCAACGAGGGCGCAUUCCAGCGGCCCAAAUGGUGGCGAGACGUCAUCAUACCGCAGGCCAAGUCGAAGUUGUAGGCUAAGAAGGAGUUGUGACACACAGAGCCCAGUCGCUGGGUCUGAAGAAAGUGCCUGGCAGUUUGUUGGCCAAGUUAUGGGAGGAAGCACACAGUUUGGCAAGCACUGCAUUUGGCCCCAAACUGCAGAGCACCUACAUAUUUUUAGGUGUAGUCAUACAUACUAUUACUGUAUUAUUGUUAUUGCCUCAUUCAAAAUCAGGUAUUAAUGCAAGCAUAUACAUACAUAUGUAACAUUUUGUAGCACGACAUACAUACAUACUUAUGAAAAUCCCAUCCUUUAAAGCUAUGUAUAGAAUUGUAAUUUGUAUAUGUAUUUUUAUCGAAUGAAUAAUGAUGUGUAAUAAAGACUCGUGUCCUCUUUUUUAUAUAAAA